GAUAGUCUGCAGUAGGAAAAACACAUUUCCCAGAAACCUUUACACGAUUGAUGAUAUCAUAUGAUGGCGACUCAGAGUGUGUAGCAAGAACAAAUUGUGCAGUAUUACCGAGGAGCUACCCAAAACCAGUUAAGGAUGCUACGAAGAAAGCCAACACGUCUGGAGUUGAAAUUGGAUGACACAGAGGAGUUUGAGAGUGUCAAGAAGGAGCUUGAGAGCCGUAAGAAACAGCGUGAAGAGGCAGAUGUAGUUGGAGUGGCAGCAUCAAGUGAGAUUGGCGGUGCAGCUGGUGGCGCUGAGGGGAAGACUCGAGAGCAAAUGAUCCACGACCGCAUAGGCUAUAAACCCCAUCCCAAGCCCAACACGUUACCAUCCUUGUUUGGAAAUCUCUCCUUUUGAGUGUUUUGUGCUUCAAGGACUUAAGAUUGUAACAACAAUGUUAGUAAUAACAAUGUGACUGUUCUACUCGUGCACAGUGGUCCCGUUCUACAUCUCAAAGUGAGCAUGUAUGUAUUCGUAAGUGCAAAAUUUCUAACACAAAUGUAUUUUUUUUAUAUACAAUGUAAAUUUUUGUUUUUUGUUAUGUUGCCAAGGAACAUUUACUGAUUUGGAUAACUACAACUCAAGAGGUUUGUUUCAAAGCAACAUUGAACAUUAGGAUCUGUGGUAAUUUGUGUGUGUGUCUGGGGAAUAUUUUUUUUUUAAUUGAAAUAAAUUACUUUCAAUCUAA